AUGGCCAGCCUAACUACAACUGCAGCUCCAACUACGACUGCAGCGGAAACUAUAACAGCAGCCCAAACGACAAACACAGCUAUAUCUACUUCUGCAGCCCCCACUACAACUGCAGCCCAGACUAUAACUGCAGUACCAACAACUAUAGCCUCAACUCAAACUGACGACACGACUACAACAAAAGCCCCAACAACUGCAGCCCCAACGACAACAGCAGCCCCAACGACAACUACAGCCUCAACUACAACUGAAGCCCAAACUACAACGAAAACCCCAUCCACAACAGCAGGCCCAACUACAACUGCAAUCCCAACUACAAGUAUGGCUCUCACCACAAACACAGCCUCAAUUUCAACUGAAGCUCAGACAUCAACCACAGCCCCUACUAGAACCACAGCCCCAACUACAACUGCAGCCCCAACAACAACACCAGCCCCAACUACAACAACGGUCCCCACUACAACUACAGCCCCCACAACAACAACAACUCCCACUAAAAACACAGACUCAACAACAACUGCAAGCCAAGCUAUAAGUACAGCCCCCACUACAACCACAAGCCCAACUACAACUGAGGCCCUGACAACAACAGCAGCCUUAACUACAACUGCAGCUCCAACUACGACUGCAGCGGAAACUAUAACAGCAGCCCAAACGACAACCACAGCCCUAUCUACAUCUGCAGCCCCCACUACAACUGCAGCCCAGACUAUAACUGCAGUACCA